ACUACGCAGUGCAAUAUCCAAACAUCUGAGAAAUGAAUACUAGCGAUCACUUUGAUUUCACUCUUCUAGACUCCAUUCGUCGGCAUCUUCUAGAAGACGAUUUGUUCGAAGCUGAAUCUCCGACCAACUUCGAGAAUCCAGUUAAUGUUUUUGAAACGGACAUUACUUUGGAUGAUUUGUUGUCGUUAGAGUUCGGCGGAGCUGUCAACGACGAUGCAUCCUACGGUGUCUCGAAGGCACCAAAGAUGGAAGCGCGUGAAGAUCACGUGCCACCGGAGGCGAGGAAAUAUAAGGGGGUGAGGAGAAGGCCGUGGGGGACGUUUGCGGCAGAAAUCAAGGACUCUAAACGGAACGGCGCCAGAGUUUGGCUCGGGACCUAUGAAACUCCCGAGGACGCUGCUCUGGCUUAUGACCAAGCCGCUUUCAAAAUGCGCGGCUCGAAAGCGAAGCUCAACUUUCCCCAUCUAAUUGGCUCUAACGAUUACGAGCCGGUUAGAUUGACUCACAAGCGCCGAUCCCCUUCCACGUCUUCUUCCCCUUCCGAUUCCGAUUCCUCCCCUAAUCCGCCUAAGCGGAGAAUGAGCCGGACGUGACAAAUUGUCCUCAUAUUUGUUUAUUUGCAAUAAUAAUAUUAAUUCCAACUAACCUUUUUUUUUUAAUUUCCUUUAAAUUCUCUCUUUGAAGUGGCCAAAAAUAGUUUUUUUAUGCUUGUUUCAUAUUAUUCAUA